AUGAUGGAGAGGGUGGAGAAGAACGAGAGUACCCUCUCGGAUCAAGAUGAAAUUUGCAUUCUUCACGAUCGGGAUGCCGAGAAGAUCUUACCCUAUGAAGCCGAUGAUUCGCCUUUCCCUGAGGUGCGGGCUGUUAUCCAGCCAGUCAAUGACUUGACGCUGCCUGUUAAUACAGUUCGCAUGUGGACCAUUGGUAUUGUGUUUACUAUCGUCGGUAGUGGACUGAACCAGUUCUUCAGCUUACGACAACCCAGUGUGAAGAUCAGUGCUCUAGUGGCACAAUUGCUAGCUUUCCCCCUAGGAUGCGCCUGGGCGAAAUGGAUUCCCCUUGGACUGCUGAAUCCCGACCGACAUUUCAAUGUCAAGGAGCAUGCAUUGAUCACAAUCAUGGCCAACGUCUCUAUUGGGUCUGCUGCUGCCACCCAAGUUAUCGAAGCGAUUGUCAAGUUCUAUAACAUGCCAUCGCAGGGUGGAUUUGAAGUCUUAUUGUGUAUUACCACGCAACUGUUUGGCUUCGGCUUAGCUGGCAUGGCCUCGCGCUGGCUAGUUGGCCCGGCGUCGAUGCUUUGGCCGCAGGUGCUGUCAAACGCAGCACUUUUGACCACUCUCCAUUCUCGCUCCAAUGUUAUCGCAGAUGGCUGGCGGAUCACACGUCUCCGCUUCUUUCUUUAUGUUUUCAUCUGUGGCGCCAUCUGGUACUUUGUCCCGGGAUAUCUUUUUACGGGUCUCAGCACCUUCGCUUUCAUCUGCUGGAUCGUGCCAUCCAACGUGGUGGUGAACCAGCUCUUUGGACAAACCACCGGACUAGGGAUGUCGGUAUUGACCUUCGACUGGGCUCAGGUGGUUUUCGCCAAUCAGAGCCCCCUGCUUGUUCCCUUCUGGGCUGGCCUUAACGUGAUGGGAUCAUUUGCCCUCUUCUUUUGGCUUGUGUGCCCGCUCAUUUACUACACCAACACCUGGUAUUCUGCACACCUGCCACUGCUCAACUCCGACACCUUCGAUAAUACUGGAAUUCCUUACAACACCAGUCGCAUCAUGGGCUCGAGUGGGAGUAUCGACGAAACUGCUUAUCGGGACUAUUCGCCCAUGUUUUUACCGGCUGGCUUUGCAAUCACAUUCGGUGUUGCCUUUGCUAACUUGACGGGCAUCUUCUUCCACGUCGCAUUAUACCAUGGGAAAGACUUGUGGCGACAAUGGAAAGGGACCAGCAAACAAGAUGUCCAUAGUCGACUGAUGUCUUCAUAUCGAGCUGUACCCUGGUGGUGGUUUGCCGCAGUUACUGUCCUGAUGUUUGUCUUGAGCAUUGUGACCAACGAGGUCUGGCAUACAGGCCUACCGGCAUGGGGUGUGCUUGUGGCAUUCGUGUUACCAGCGGUAUAUUUUAUCCCUGUCGGGGUCAUCCAAGCCCUCACAAAUAUCAGCAGUAACCAACUUAACCUGCUCACGGAAUUCAUUGGCGGGUAUGCCUUCCUCGGGCAGCCAGUAGCAAACAUGACUUUCAAAUUCUAUGGUUAUGUCGCAGUCCAGCAAGGACUCGAAUUUGUCGCCGAUAUGAAAUUGGCUCAUUAUAUGCACAUCGCCCCACGGCUCCUGUUUGUAGCUCAGGGCCUUGCCACACUCAUCGGAGCUAUCGUCCAAUGUGGUGUGACAGUGUUCAUGAUCACCAGAAUUGACGGUGUGUGCACCCCCGAGGCCGAGGGGAAUUUCAUCUGCCCUCACGGAAAGGUUACAUACUCUUCGUCUCUCAUUUGGGGUGAGUUCCAUAUUAUUGUCGAUGUUCUGCCAGGUCAUACAGCUAAUCAACCUUCAGGUGCUGUUGGUCCAGGCCGAUUGUUUUCUUCGGGGCAGAUAUAUAGCAAUUUGCUUUGGUUUUUCCUGGUCGGACCUGCGGCGGUAGUCAUUACCUAUCUUCUAGGUCGUCGUUGGAAAGCUGUCAAUUACGUCUCCUGGCCAGUCGCCUUUGGUGCAAUGAGUCUUGUCCCACCCGCUACAGGUAUCAGCUUCUCCUCGUGGUGGAUAGUCAACUUGAUAUUCAAUGGCGUACUCCGUCGCCGCAAGCCCGCGUGGUGGUCAAAAUACAAUUAUGUGUUAUCCGCAGCGCUAGACUGCGGCGUUGCAGUCGCGACGGUAAUCAUUUUCUUUUGCGUAACUCUCCCGGCCGGUUCGUUGAGCUGGUGGGGAAAUAUCGUAUCCAAAACAACAGCCGACGGCAAAGGCACGCCCUACAUGGGGUUACCAGCGCGUGGCUACUUUGGCCCCCCGAAGGGAACUUGGGAGUGA